GCUUUCUUCACAACGUUUCUUGGGACUGUGGUGAUGAUGUCUAUAACUUCUUUGUGGACUACAUGCUCUAUCAGGUCGGCAAGCUUUCAGAAGCCGACAUGGAAGCUUGUCAGCGUGGUCUGGCAAUGAGAUGGGGGACUUUGCACGGAGGCUUUCACAUUUGCGUGCCGCCCAGCUGUCAUCCACCAGAUGCAAUGCAUGCUGUGAGCCUUCUGAUCCUAUCUUUCGGGCAUGGUCUGCUAAGCGGUCCGUUGCUGAAGCACGCUGCGUUGGGCCUUCCAAAGGUCUUCGCGGCAGAUUCUGAGGCACAGGAAUACAUUCAGAAGUGUGUCUCAUUUGCUGACGCGCAAGAUGUGGUGGUGCAGACGGUGGAGUUAAACUCAGGCUUUUCUAUGCCAAUGCUGGCCUUUGGAACGGCGGGCAUGGACAGGACACGAGAGACGGUGCAGGAAGCUCUGCGUGUUGGAUUUCGAGCGGUUGACACGGCCACCAAUCCUUCUGGUGGGAACGGUUUCGGCUACGAUCAGGAGAAAGUUUUCAAAGUGGUGCGGCGUGGAUGGGUUCGAUCCAUUGGGGUCAGCAACUUUGAUUCGCAGCAACUGCAGCGAUUGCUGUCCAUGGCGACGAUCCUUCCUGCGGUUGUGGGACUGUGGGCAGAUAUCUUCCAUCCGGUUCCGCGGUCCUUGCGAGUCCUCUGUAAGCGCCACAAGAUUCAAUUGCAGGUGUAUGGCACCCUGGGCUAUGAGUGGUCGCAAGGGCGGGGGCUGGCUGGCAAGCUAGCAUCGCGCUCCAGCCCACUCCUUGUGCACCCUGCUUCUCAGCUCCCCAAAGGGAGAUGUUUCUAG